AUGGAGGAGUACGUUCAGGAAGCCUUGCAACAGGGGUUCAUCCGCCCGUCCACCUCACCCACAGCGUCGAGCUUCUUCUUUGUGGGCAAGAAGAAUGGGAGUCUGAGACCUUGCAUCGAUUACCGGGCCCUCAAUGACCAGACGUUGAAGUUCACAUAUCCCCUUCCUCUGGUCCCUGCGGCCUUGGAGGAGCUCCGCGGGGCCCGCAUCUUCAGCAAGCUGGAUCUAAGGAGCGCCUAUAACCUCAUCCGCAUUCGCAGGGGUGACGAAUGGAAAACCGCCUUUUCACUUCUAUCAAACCUCUACAAUUAA